UCGACUCCCCCAGCUCCGGCCGCCCGCCCGCAGCCUCGCGAUCCCGCCGCCGUGCGAAUUUCCUCCGGUUGCCCAUGGCCGGCAGAGGCAAAACCCUAGGCUCCGGGGCGGCGAAGAAGGCGCAGUCCCGCAGCAGCAAGGCCGGGCUGCAGUUCCCCGUGGGCCGUAUCGCCCGGUUCCUCAAGGCCGGCAAGUACGCCGAGCGCGUCGGCGCCGGCGCCCCGGUCUACCUCGCCGCCGUCCUCGAGUACCUCGCCGCCGAGGUCCUGGAACUAGCGGGGAAUGCGGCGAGGGACAACAAGAAGACCAGGAUCGUGCCGCGACACAUUCAGCUCGCGGUGAGGAACGACGAGGAGCUGAGCAAGCUCCUCGGGGACGUGACGAUCGCGAACGGCGGCGUCAUGCCCAACAUCCACAACCUUCUCUUGCCGAAGAAGACCGGGACCUCCAAGUCUUCCGCUGCCGCCGCCGACGACGAAUGAUCCGAAAAGUCGAAAGCUUUGGAAGAUGACCGUUCUGAAGUGGGGGGUUCGUUCGUAGGUUUCUUCCUUAUUUCGAAUUUAGGUUGUUGUAGGAUUCUUACCUUGUCAGUGAGUGAGUUUGUCUUGUUAGAAUUUGUGUUGGGUUAGAUUAGGGGUGUUGGUGUUUCAAGGGGUUUUUUUUUUUACAGAUUGUGAAUAUUUGUUCAUCUUCUAGUUUCUUAAUACAAGAAAUUCCGGAGAUUUUUCA